GACGCCAAAGAAAUUUAUCAAAAUCAAAUCGCAAAAAAUCUUAUCGUGAGAAGCUUGCGAGAUUUGUGCAAUCACUUUUUUUUUUAUCAACUCCAAGAAAGAUUGGACAUUUGCGCUUUCGGUCAUUUCUUCUACCCAGGACAUUGUCAAUUGGAACACGAUCCCUCGUUCUAUCUCAAGGUUCUUCAUAAUGGCUCCCAAAUCUACUACCUUGACCACAAAGGUCGAGAGUGGUUCUCCAUAUCAACUUAAUCAUGAUCAGGUAUUGAAAGCAUCCACUGCACUCCUCAAACACAUCUCGAGCAGCGAGGCCGAAAAGGCCAAAAAGGGAGGGGCUCAGAAUCUCCUCGCCGAAAACGACGACGACGACGCCGAAUCCAUGCCCGUCUGGCUUACCCUCACUACCAAGAAACACAUCAGCGACAAGACCAAGCUCAAGCCCGCUAAAGUAUCCGUCCCCCAUUCCCUCAACACCUCUACCACCACGACCAUCUGUCUCAUCGUCGCCGACCCCCAACGCACCUACAAAGAUAUCGUUGCAUCUGCCGCCUUCCCCGCCGAACUCUCCAAGCGCAUCACCAAAGUCGUGGGCGUUGACAAACUCAAGAAGAAAUACAAGCAAUACGAAGCCCAGCGCAAACUCUUCGCCGAGCACGACAUUUUCCUCGCUGACGACCGCGUCAUCACACUCUUGCCCAAAUUGCUCGGAAAAUCCUUCUACAAAUCCACCACCAAGCGACCCAUCCCCGUCGCCAUCCAAGCCGAACGUCCCAAAACCGACGGCAAGAGAAUCGCACGCGCCAAGGGCGAAGAUGCACCCAAAUCUGCCGAACCCAAGAAGAUCGCAGCGGAGAUUGAGAAGGCUAUUUCGAGCGCAUUGGUGACGUUGAGCAGCUCGACGAAUUCGGCCAUCCGCAUCGGGUAUGCGAGCUGGGAUGCGGCGAAGUUGGCAGAGAACUUGGAGGUCGUGGUCGAUACUGUGAUUGAAAAGUAUGUUCCUAAGAAAUGGAGAGGCGUGCGUGCAAUCCAUGUCAAGGGCCCGGAGACCAUGGCACUUCCCAUCUGGUUGGCGGAUGAAUUGUGGGUUGAGGAGGAAGAUGUUUUGGAUGAGAGCGUAGUGAAGGAGAUUGAAGAGAGGGUUGCAGAGAAGAAGAACAAGAAGAGGAAGACGAGGGGUAUGGACGCAAGCGAGGCCGAGGGAGGAGAGGAGAAGAAACAGAAAUUGUUGGAGAGCAACGACGAUAAGUUAGACCAAGAGAUCGCGCUACGAAAGGCCAUGUUGAAGAAGCAGAAGGAGGAUGCGGCAAAGGAAUUGGACGCCGUUCCGGUUGUAGUCAAGAAGACCAAGAAGACCAAAAAGGUCGCUGCUUAACUUUAGUAUCGGUCGUGCAAAAUUCUACGUCUCGUUUCAGGCACGAGCAUGGAGGAAAAGAAAAUGGGUUUAUAAGAUGGCGUUGGCGGCGCACAUGUAUGUUUGUUAGUAGAUUAGACUUAUCGUAAUGAAAGGAAAUCUUGUAAUGGAUUGCAUAUUGGGUAUCUGAUUGUAUUUUUUUUUUUUUUUUUUUUUCUUAAUUGAAUGGUUGUGAGUGA